AAGUUUAGUUUCCAUAGCUACGAAACUCCGACAAAGAGGCGGCGGAGGGCGGACCUGACGUAUGCGAACAAGCCAAUUGGAGAGCAAGAGGCGUGACGCCGGUAUCUAGAGACGUCACGUGGUCAGACAGGAAGCCGGCGACUAAAUCAGAAAACUAAUGGAUUUUUCAGUUCGAAGAAAAGGGAAGCCAAACAAGGGAGGAGGAGGCAAGAGACAGGGUGGAGGAAGAGGAAGAGGAGGUAGUAGUGGACGAGGGCGAUCUAGACCACAAGCCAGUGGAGGAGGAGGAGGAGGAGGAGGAGGUGGAAGCAAGAAAUGUUCAAGCAAAGCAUGGGAUGAAGGAGAUGACAUCUGUUUCUCCAGUAGACCAAUGAGAUCAUUAAAUUGCCAACAGCCCAGCAGAUUCAUCUCAAGACCACGCAGUAAUCCUGUUGCUAGUACACCUCUUCAGACUAUUCACAUGACCACUGAGAACCAAGAAAGAGUGAAAGAGCUUUUGCGUGAUCUUCAAGGGCAGGAUCUCGAUGCAGAGAUUGAUGAUGUGGGAUUAGAAGUGGAAGAUGAAUACGAUUGUCUAGGUUCCCAAGAUGAAGAGGAAAUUAGUGAUGAAGACGGUGAGGAGGAGAGCUUUAAUUAUUGGUCUUCACAACCUGGAUUGCCAGAAGCAGAGAAAUUGUCCUCAGAAACUCCUGUUAAAAUGCUACCAGAAGCUGUUAUUUCCCCAUUUGCUAUAGGAAAAUUGUCCAGGUAUGGAUUUGACAAGGAAAGAUGCAUGAAUGCACUAAGGUCCCAUGACAGUGAUGUGGGAGUGUCUUUGGAGUAUUUACUACAACAGUGCCUUUCUGAAACUUUUGGAAUAAAAACAAAAACACCAAGGAUGGCGUCUGAUUUUACAAUAGAGGAAUGCCUUGAGCGCAGGCAGGAGGAAGCUUUUGUACUCCAGUCAAUUUGUGGAGAUAAAUUUGUUGAGCGAAUCCCAAACAAAGUAUGGACCAUUGGACUUGAGAUGGACUAUCUGACAAAAAGGCUGCAGAAACCUAGAAAGAAAGACAAUGACAAAGACAUGUUUCAACAGAUGCCUAGAAAUGUCUGCAAGUUUUAUGUGAAAGGGGAAACCUGCAGGUUUGGCUCAAAGUGCAGGUUUAAGCAUGAAGCUCCAAAACAAAAUUUUAAGGACGAAUCGCAUCUCUGUGCCAAUGGAAAUAAUAACUGUCUCUAUGAACUAGAAGUAAGAUUUCCAAAAGACAACAAAUACCCUUAUCAAGCUCCUUUAUUUGCAUUUUGUUCAGUGAAUGAGAAUCUCCCAAUGGGCUGUCGUUUGCACAUUACGGAGUACCUCUAUGAAAAAUCCUUAAAUAUUGCUCAAACCAGUGAACCUGCUGUUUACACACUCGUGAGCUGUCUGGAAGAUGAGGAUGAAAUUGUUAAGUUACUUGCCAAUACUCAUCACAAAUAUAGUAUUCCUCCACCUCUGCUCCUAACUACAGCCUCUGAAACAAGAAAAAACCCUGUAAUAACCAUUAAUAAACCAAGUGCUCCAGAUAAACCUUCUUUACCAUCUCACCCAUUAGGAGCAAGGAAGGAGCAGAAGCCAAUGAAAAUAGAGAUAAUUCAACCAAAUGAUCAAGAUGAGGAUAGUCCGGAUGAUCUUGAAUCAGAGUCUGUAUUGGUUGAAAAUGAAAGUUAUGCAUAUCUGAAGAAAAAGCAAGCCAAGAAGUACAGUUUUAACACCAAAACAGUAGCUGCUGAGAAUGCCAAGAUCUGCAAACACUACCGUGCCAAGCAGACUACCAGAAAUUACCAGUCAAUGCUUGAAGAGAGGCAAAAGCUGCCAGCAUGGCAGAAACAAGACCAAGUCCUGGAGCUGCUUUCAAAAUACCAGGUUCUGGUUGUGAGUGGGAUGACUGGGUGUGGUAAGACUACGCAGAUUCCCCAGUUCAUAUUGGAUGCUUCACUGAAAGGGCCUGCCUGUCACGUGUCCAACAUCAUAUGCACACAGCCUCGCAGGAUCUCUGCCAUCUCUGUUGCUGAGCGUGUGGCCCAGGAGAGAGCAGAGAGAGUUGGAAUCUCUGUUGGGUAUCAGAUAAGGCUUGAAAGUGUUAAGUCAGCAGCAACCAGACUACUGUACUGCACUACAGGUGUGCUUCUAAGGCGUCUGGAAAGUGAUACCACUCUUCAAAAUGUUACUCAUGUCGUUGUGGAUGAGGUCCAUGAGCGAACAGAAGAAAGUGACUUCCUGUUGCUGGUAUUGAAAGAUGUCAUGGUUCAUAGACCUGACCUUAAAAUUAUCCUCAUGAGUGCCACCUUGAACGCUGAGCUCUUCUCCCACUAUUUCCAGGAUUGUCCAGUUUUGCAUAUACCAGGUCGUACAUUUCCAGUUGACCAGUAUUUUCUAGAAGAUGCUAUUGCCAAAACUAGAUAUGUGCUAGAAGAUGGAAGCCCGUAUCAGCGUUCCUCAAAGCAGUUGUCAGGACAAGACUCUGCAAGAGGGAAGAAGGGAAAUUCCUAUGGUGAAUUGUUAGAUGAACUGGAGCAGCAAAUACAUUCUUCCCUGCGAGUACAGGACUCUAGAAUCGUGAAGGAUUCCGUGCCAGACCAACAGCUGAACUUUAAAGAACUCUCUACUCGCUAUAAUGGUAUCAGCAAGUCUGUCAUCAAAACACUUUCCACCAUGGAUCUGGAUAAAAUCAACCUAGAUUUAAUUGAGGCUUUAUUAGAAUGGAUAGUAAAUGGAGAGCAUUCGUACCCACCAGGUGCUGUCCUGGUGUUUUUGCCAGGCCUGGCUGAAAUUAAGACGCUGUAUGAUCAACUGCAGUCAAAUGCGAUGUUCAGUAAUAGACGCAGUAAGCGAUGUGUUAUCUACCCUCUGCACUCAUCCCUAUCAAGUGAGGAACAGCAGUCUGUGUUCUUAAGACCCCCGUUAGGAGUUACAAAGAUUAUCAUCUCCACCAACAUUGCAGAAACCUCCAUAACAAUCGAUGAUGUUGUUUAUGUCAUAGAUUCUGGGAAAAUGCGUGAGAAGAGAUAUGAUCCUGGUAAGAGUAUGGAGAGUCUUGAGGACACAUGGGAAUCACGAGCCAAUGCCAUGCAGAGAAAAGGAAGAGCUGGCCGUGUGGCGUCUGGUGUCUGCUUUCACCUUUUCACUGGUCACCAUUAUGAGUAUCAGCUUUUGGAUCAGCAGCUUCCAGAGAUACAGAGAAUUCCAUUGGAACAGCUCUGCUUAAGGAUAAAAAUUUUGGAAAUGUUUUCCGAGUGUCGCCUCGAUUCAGUCUUAGGCCGAUUAAUUGAACCUCCUCGAAUGGAGUCCCUUCAUGCUUCACAAAAUCGACUUCAAGACCUUGGGGCCUUGACAAAGGAGGAGAAACUUACACCUCUGGGAUAUCAUUUAGCUUCCCUGCCAGUUGAUGUGAGAAUUGGAAAACUGAUGCUUUUUGGGGCUAUCUUCCGUUGCCUUGACCCUGCCCUCACCAUCGCUGCUAGCCUGGCCUUUAAAUCUCCCUUUGUGUGCCCUUGGGAUAAAAAAGAAGAGGCUAACAAGAAAAAGCAAGAAUUUGCCACAGCAAACAGUGACCAUUUGGCACUUCUGCAAGCUUAUAAGGCAUGGAGUUCUGUUAUUAAGGAGAGCUCACGGGCUGGUUACCAGUAUUGCAGAGACAAUUUCUUAUCUGGCAGAGUUCUACAGGAAAUUGCCAGCUUGAAGCGACAGUUUACAGAAUUGCUUUCUGAUAUUGGGUUUGUGACAGAAGGACUGCGAGCCAGGGACAUUGAAAGAAGAUGGGCGCAUGGGAGUGAUGGGGUCAAGGAAGCAACUGGAGAAGCUAAUACAAAUGCAGACAACAUAAAAUUAAUCUCUGCAAUACUGUGUGCAGCUUUAUACCCAAAUGUGGUCCAGGUUAAAUCUCCAGAAGGCAAAUUCCAGGUGACGGCGACAGGAGCUGUUAAAAUGCAGCCUAAAGCGGAAGAAUUAAAGUUUGUUACUAGGAACGAUGGCUAUGUUCAUAUCCACCCAUCUUCAAUCAAUUUUCAGGUACGCCAUUUUGACAGCCCUUACUUGGUGUAUCAUGAGAAGAUAAAAACCAGCCGUGUGUUUGUGAGAGACUGCAGCAUGGUGUCUGUCUACCCCUUGGUACUGUUUGGAGGGGGACAGGUUAACGUGGACCUGCGCAGAGGAGAGUUUAUUAUAUCGUUGGAUGAUGGAUGGAUCCGUUUUGCAGCAGCUUCACACCAGGUAGCAGAACUGGUGAAAGAGCUCAGAAGUGAACUUGAUCAACUACUACAGGACAAAAUAAAAAAUCCUACUAUGGAUCUGUGUACCUGUCCUCGAGGAUCACGCAUUAUUGCUAUGAUUGUUAAACUUGUGACUACUCAGUAACACCGCUGGAUUAUAUUGAUGUGCAGCAAUCCUCGAGAUGGAUAAAGCACAGACACUGGAGUCAAAACAUUUCUGAUACCUUUAUAUCAAAGUUUGUGUAUGAGCUGAACUGCUACAGAGACAUCUGCCAGAAUUAUUGUGCACCGUGAUUGCACGGGGCAGUGUGCCAUGCUAAAAAUGUUUACUUUGGAUAUACUAAUGUAGCUCACAUGCAAGAUGAUUUUUUGAGGGUGGUUGUCAAGUUCACUGUAUAAUAGGGAGCAGUGUGUAGAUUAGAUCAUUUUCUCUAGGUCUAUAGCACAUAAGGAAACACUGAGAAUUGCCAUUGGUGCUUCCCAUACUUGAGAGGGGUGGAAAAUGCCAUGGAAAAUUUUCAGUGAUCACUUAAAAACACACUUGUGGUAAUUGCUGCUAUUCAGUUGCCCCUAGUGACCUUACAGUUUCCAUUCUUUGGUCUAUCAGGUCUGAGCAGUGUCUUUCUCUCACAACUUAUGACAGGUGUUUUACCCACCUUGUGUCAAAGCCAUAGUCUGUUUCUCCCUUACAAGGAUAAGCAUUUUGGACGAUGUAUUUUACCUUUUAUGGCCCAACACCAGCAGCUAAACAGCAAUAAGUUGAAGGUUAGGGGAGUGUGUGGAAUUUUAUAAAUAGCAUUUUCUAGAAAACAUCCUUUGUUCCAAAAGGUGUUUCUGUUCAUACCUCAAAAAAAGGAAAUGGGGAAAAAACAAGACAAAUAUAUAGUGUAGCAUUCUUUGUUAAAUUCACACCUUGGUGUAAUCGCAUUCACUCCUAUCAGUGUUAUAAUUCCC